AGUCUUCAGUUGUUGGAGCUUAAGACGCGAAUUGGACGGCUAUCGCGCGCCGCUUAAGAAAGAAGAAACUCUUUUUUGCUUGCGUUCGAUCUCUUGUACGCUAAGAAGAAAUAGAAAUUGCAUUUUUCUUUUCCUUUCGUUGUUAGUGGUCUUUGGGCUUGUAUGCUUUGCUGGAAUCGAGUGGAAAAGUGAUUACCUUUCACAUUUUACUGGAAGAAGUAGAGGAGCUGGAAAAAAGAAGUUAUUUCUCAUUGUCGCGUUGCUUUGUGCUCGGAACAAAGUACUUGGGUGAUUGCGAGCGUGUCACGAUUUCGGGAUUUGUUUGUUUGUUACAAUUCCAAUUUUAAGUUGAAAUUGUAUUCAGUAAACGUUUCGUUGUUUUCCACCUUCUGCCAAAUCGAUUAAUGCUUCUGGGUCGCGAUUGUGUGCUUGGUUCAGUUUCGGUCAUAGCAAGAGGCCUAGUGGAGUCUUGGGGCAAUUGGCGGCAAAUUCUUCCUGAACCGCAACAAGUGUUUACUUACUUCACUUUCUAUCGUGAAAAUUAUCCGAAGCAGUGAAUGCUGAAUGAAAAGUUAUAAACAGUGAAGUGAUGUGAACCCAUAACAGUGCGUCUCUAACCACAGCAUACCCUAGACCUCAUCGACACCUUUAGUACCAGCCACUAGACGAGAAAUAGAACAUUUGCAACGAUGUUAAGAAAGUGUCGUUUAAUCAAUAAGACAUACUGAGGAGAAACGAGAUUACCUGAAAAAAAAAAAUUGCAAACCGUACACUGACAACAACGACAACAACGAACACGAUUGAAAAAAUAUAAAUAAAAACUCAUAAAAUAUGCUUUGAAAUUGGUUUCUUGUCAAGAAGCCAACGAAAGAGAUUCAUCACCAGUUGUCGUCUCUUUGCCGUCGUGGUGUUAAGAAAUUUACAGGCAAAAAUCGAUCGUAAAAUUCAAAAAAAAUCACGCCAAGCUGUACACCGUCGUUUUGAAACGGCGCCGGAGGUUGAGCAUCGCAGCAAAGACGGAGACGUUUGGAAAUCCAGUUUUAACUCUCAUCUUGGACAUCAUCAGCGCAUCAGCUGAUCUUGAUUUGGUAUUUCUUACCGGUUUGUUGGGUGAAUCAUGACGACACUCACGUCGGCGACGGGAAAGUAUCGGUCACGUAAAGAUUGGAGUACCAACUCAAUCCCACAGCUGGUUAGCCUCGAAGAGGAGGCUGCAAUGGCUGCGAACGGCACUAAGAUUGCAACCGACAAAAUGGUUAAUGGCACCAAAGAUGCGGAAAUUAUAAUACCACCAGUGACUACAAAACCUCCCAGACGCAGUUCGUUGGCCAUUGGCUUACUAGCCGGUCGCGGGACCACCGAUAAGCUUAACAAACGGCGAAGUUCGCUAUCGACAUUUCUAGGUCGUCGGGAGAACACAAAGAUAAGCAACAAAGAAAACGCAUCUACCUACGAAUAUGCUAUGAAAACAGAAAAGUACGAUGGUCUCCCGCCAUACGAUGCAACGACAAUCACCACUGAAAUCAUCACACGCACCAAAAACAAUGAUUCCUUUGAUUCACAAGAUGAGGAUACACUCAACAAAUCAAAUCAAAGUCUGCACUACGAAAAGAAAGUUGCAUACAUUUCAACAGUUACCAAAGAAACACGUCAAAGACGUUUCAGCACGUCUUGGCAGCACAAAUUGGAGCGUAGACGUCGAAAAAAUUUCGAGGAUGCAUCACAAAUUUUAUCAGUUCAAGAGCUACAGCAACAACAAAGAAAACGUUCAACCGGUGGUGAUAUUCUUAAGGAGGACACCCUCAUGGAGGGACCCGACGAAGUGAUGUUCAAUAGACAGAAGAGACAUUCAUGGUGGAAUAUUUUUGUACCAGAGAAACAGAGGUCACGUAGAGCUAGUCAAGAUGUCGGCUUAUUAUCACGCAGCGCUGACUGCUUAGCUCCACCCACUCGUAGGAGUAAAUCACGAAGUGUUGAUCAUGGACUCGCAGCUCCUUUUGAUCUUGAUUCGCUACGAUCAAAAGUUGAAGGACGUUUUGAAAGCAUCGAUCGAUUAUCGAAAGAUGGUGAUAAGAAGAAAUCAUCGCUACCAACGAUCCCUACAAUUACAUACACGGUUGGAAAUCGCGACACACUUACAUCAGUUGCAGCACGUUUUGAUACCACACCAUCCGAACUAUCGCAUCUCAAUCGUUUGAAUACUUCAUUCAUAUUUCCGGGUCAGCAAUUGCUGGUUCCAGAUAAGUCAAAAGCUGAUGGUUCCACCGAAGCAACAGAUACAACAGCCACAGCAUCGGGUACCAGUGGUGGCGAUGAAAAACCAACAUCGGCAUCGGGGAAAUCUAGUCCAGUCGACAGGAAAUCUUCUAAGGAGGAAUUGGUUCCGGAGGAGAAAGAUUUCUUGGAAGGACUUCGACCGAAUUCUCCAAAACCUGGACACAUCGAACGAGUUAGUUCAUCGAAAGGAACCGGCUCUGAUCCGGCUGAUGAUCCAGUUAUAACGCAACGCUUUUUAAAAAUCAAUGUACGACAUAUCACGGACGGACAGGGUGUUGUUGGGGGUGUAUUGCUCGUGACACCGAAUGCUGUCAUGUUCGACCCGAACGUAUCUGAUCCGCUCGUGAUAGAGCAUGGGCCGGAAAGUUAUGGUGUUAUAGCUCCCAUGGAGUUAGUUGUUAAUGCAGCAAUUUUUCAUGAUAUUGCACAUAUGCGUGUUGGCGGUGGAGAAUCACAAUCGAAUGAGAAAGUUGAAAUUUAUUAUCCGAAGUCAUGCAAAAGCUGUACAAAUGCACAUUCUCCGGGAAAAGAUUCAUUACUUGUCAAAGAUGACACGUUUCCUGAAUUAGGUUCCAGUUCAGUUGAGACCUGCGAUGAUCAGGAAUCGGUUUGUUCGAACAAUGAACGUGACGGAAACGCUUUUCCGAAAGCUUUCGAUAGAGAUCGUGUAACCCCAACGAAUUUAGCGAAAGAAGCAACAGAAACAGCUGAAGCCGGUGAUAGUGAAAAGCCUAGUAGCGAACCAAAAACCAAAGAUACAACAAAGUCUGAAAUUACCGAGUCCUCAAAUACAGAUGUAAAUGAUCUAAUCAAGAAACCAUCGACAUUGGAAGAGCGACGGAAAAGUUUAUUGGAUCAUCAUUGGGCUAUUCCCAAUAAGGACAGAAGGUCUCUAUAUAAUUCCCAAAGGUCAUCAGAUGAAGAAGGCGACAUUGAAACGAAACGUCAUAGUUUUGAUCGUGCCGGUGGAAGUAAAGAUGAGCCUGCACCCGAUUUAUCAUCAUCGUCGGUUAGCCAACAACAGCAGCACCACCAGCAACUGGAUCAACCCCAAGGAUCCGGGUCCUCUGAUCGCGAUUCGGCCGAAGGAAAUGAAAGUGAUCUAUCGAAACAACCAUGCUAUGAUUCGGGCAUUGAUAUCCGUGAUCCGAAUGCAAUUCCAAUUGUUCAACCGAUUCAUACCAAAAAAGUGUACAGUGAUGCCGAUAUAGUUUUAAGUUCAGAAUGGGUGCCACCACGAACCAUGUCGCCAACUCAUAUUAGCGAUAGUCCACCAACCGGAGGACAUUUGAUAGCAGCACUCUCACAAACACAUAGUCUCGAUGCGGCUACUGGUGGAGGACGUAAGAAGACGUCUAGUGUUAGUUUUAGUGUGGAGGAUAAUGAUCAGAGUCAAAGCAGUAGCGAUAAAUCGACUCAGGAUCAAACUAAGAAGACAAAGAUGUUGAAGAGAUUAUCUUACCCUUUGACUUGGGUGGAAGGAUUGACUAGUGAUGGCAGCAGGCCUGCCGAAAGCACAGAAUCCGCUCCCAACACGGGUGACUCCAACCAGAGUGUUUUCUCGAAAGUGUUUUCAAGUUCGCCGAUAACACUAGUGUCGGAAUUGGGUGGAAAUUUGUUUUUAUCGAAGACACCUUCGGAAGAAUCGGGUGGUUCGCCCGUACCUCCGCAUACUCCGCAUUCCGAGGGUCAUAACACCCCAGCUGGGCGAUCUUCAAUAGGCACAUUCAUGCGACCGCACUCAUCGGAAGGAUCACAUACAUCAUCGAAACCGACCAAGGUUCAGCCAAAAUUAGAUUAUCGUUCGAUGGUAUCAAUUGAUGAUAUGCCCGAAUUAUUUGUAAGCUUUGAUAAACUAAUACCACGACCUGCACGGGCAUGUCCGGAUCCUCCGAUGUACUUGCGAUUACGAAUGGGUCGGCCAAUUGGAAAGUCUAUACCGCUGCCAACAUCAGUUAUGUCCUAUGGAAAGAAUAAACUUCGGCCGGAGUAUUGGUUUAGUGUUCCUCAAAAUAGAAUUGAUGAAUUGUAUCGAUUUAUUAAUACAUGGGUGCCACACCUUUAUGGCGAAUUAAGCGAAGAGAAGAUAAAGUUACGAGGAUUUGAGCUGAUAGAGCAUGAUACCGAGUGGGUUAAAGGCCAAACAGCUAAGGGUGCAAGACAAAGCAGCGAAGGAGAGGACAUUACCGAAUUGACUAGAGAAUCAUGGGAGCUGCUUAAGGCACCCUAUGUUAAAAUCUACAACAUAAUCAAAACAGCCGGUUCGCAUGAUUUGGAUUUGUUGGGUGGCGAGGUACUGUCUAUGAGCACAGAUGACUACAGGAAGGCAUCACUAUUUCAGACCGGAUCAUUCGAUUUAGAUUUUCCUAUUCCGGAUUUAAUCGGUCAAACAGAGAUCUUAACGGAAGAGCACAGAGAGAAAUUAUGUGGACAUCUGCCGGCACGCGCAGAGGGCUAUUCUUGGUCGUUAGUUUUUAGCACAUCACAGCAUGGCUUCUCGCUGAACUCAUUGUACAGAAAAAUGCAAAAGCUGGAGAGUCCUAUUUUAAUAGUUAUCGAAGAUACAGAGCAUAAUGUUUUCGGUGCACUAACCUCGUGUUCACUACAUGUUUCCGAUCACUUCUACGGAACAGGCGAAUCGCUUCUAUACAAAUUUAAUCCAAGCUUUAAAGUGUUCCAUUGGACAGGAGAGAAUUUAUACUUUAUUAAGGGAAAUCCAGAAAGUUUAUCUAUUGGUGCUGGAGAUGGCAAAUUCGGUCUUUGGCUUGAUGGUGAUCUGAAUCAAGGCCGAUCGCAAACAUGUAACACCUACGCAAAUGAACCGCUAUCACCGCAGGAAGACUUUGUCGUCAAAACGCUGGAAUGCUGGGCGUUCGUCUAAACAGCCACACAAAUACGAAGGAGAACGAGAGAAAGGCAAAAUGGGAGAUAAAACAAUAUUGAAAUGAUUUUGUUGUUAUUUAUUCUAAUGAAAUUUGUUUCUAAUUGUUUAUAAGGCAAAAUAAUGUUCUAUACGCCCAUACAUACAUACAUAUAUAUUUAUUGCGAAGAAAACAAAAAAACAUUAUUUAAGCCCAAAUAUAGAGAGAAAACAACUACUUUAUUUUUUAAUAUAUGCGGAAGGAUAGAGCGAACGGCCCUGGAAGAAGGCAGUGAGGAAGCAAUUCUACUUGAUUGUAUUUGUAACCAAAAAUGGAUGAAGAGAAUUAGGGAGCGAGGAAGAUAAUACUGAAAACAUUGUUAUGAUUAUUAUUACUGUAUUAUUAAAAAAAAACAAAAUUGAGAAAAACAAAAAAGGAAAUGUUAUUAGCCUUUAGAUAAAUUACAAUCUAUAUUUAAUGUUGCUAUGAGCAGAAGCGAUGAGCUGGCGAAAAGUCUUCACUCUUGAAUAUUAUAAGCACAUAAAAGGAAGAGAAACAAAUACGCUAACAAAAUAUCUAGUUGUGUGAACGAGAAUUGUUGCUAAUAAGUUCAUUUUUAUGUUCAUUUUACAACAAAAAUUUAUUGCAAGGAUUUGUUCGUCUCUUCUUUUCUUGUUCCCUUUGAAAGAUUUUGUUUUCUUAAAAUAUUUCUUGUAAAAAAUGGAGCGAGAAAUAACUAUUGUAUAAUUAUUACUCGCCGUUUAGUUGCUACCAUUGCUGACACACAACAGAACUCUACAUAAACGAGUAUGCAUACAUGUUAGACACAUAAUUACGUUUUUAGUGUUCCCCCGCCAUUAUUUGAAUUUUUAAUCCUGUGUGUUCUACUUUAUCGUGUUUUUACGAGACUCCUUUGAAAUUAUGUUUUUCUUCGUGUGUAAAUUAAUUCAAUGCAUUCCAGAAGGUGAAAAAAAAAACAAAAAUAUGAUUCUGAUGAAGAGAUAUUCUGUACAUUACUCUUUUGCACUAGGAGCGAUUAUGAUUUGAUUUGAAUUUUUGGUCUUUCAUUUGUGAUGUUUUUACCUUUUGAUUUUCAUUAAGUUGCUCUCCUUAUUAUUACUCUUAUUAUAUUAUUAUUUUAUAAAAAUAAAUCGUAAAGUACAUUAUUGAAAAUGA